UACUCGUGUGUUGUUCUGUCGGACUGCUGCGCGAGUUCAGCUUUGUAGGACAAGUUUUGUUUGAAUUAUCAUCUCUGUUUGCUGCUGUAACUGUUGCAUUCAGCCCUUUAGUUCAAUCGGUGAUCUAAAAAUACAAAGCGGAGUACAUACGAACACGCCCCCUCUGCUCUUCUGCCUUGUUGACUUUUGCUUAUAUUAUUGAGUUAUUUAUAUUUUGGUGAAACAGGAUAAACUUGGUUGUAUAAACCGAUUAUAAUGCUAUUGUUUUAAUUGUUCAUAAAAUCUGAUUUGAGAUAUUUGCCGGCGUAACUUCUAAGCGAAAUAAUGAAUGACAGUGGUUGCAUACACCUAAAUAAUUUUAAAGCUGCGAAAGGAACAAAUCCUUAUAAAGUAGUUCAUGCAUUUUUUGUGUCAUGCACAUCUUACGAAGCCAGGAGAUACAAGGCUACAUCAUGCCUGUGCUUUGUGUGUGGCCAGCCAGGCCCUCGGUUGCACUCCUGCCUCCAUUGCAUCUUCUUUGCCUGCUACGCGGGACAUAUACAAGAGCAUUCCAAAAUUAAGAAGCACUUUCUUUACAUUGAUUUAGGCUAUGGAAAUAUCUUCUGUACCCAAUGCCAAGAUUAUAUCUAUGAUCGAGAAUUGACUGACAUUGCUAUGACCCACCGAAUACAGCAAGCCAAAUCACUAGGAAUCAGCGUGCCAUUCAUGCCAUGGUUACCCAACGCUAAUGAAGCACAGGCUCUGCGUCGCCUGCGCAGACGCCGCCUUAUUAGCCCACACACCACCAUUGGCCUCCGAGGCUUGCAGAACCUUGGCUCCACAUGUUUCAUGAACUGCAUUGUACAGACAUUAAUCCACACCCCACUUCUGAGAGAUUACUUCUUGGCGGAGAGGCACAAAUGCAAAGCGCAGGUCACGCUGAAAUGCCUCGUUUGUGAAGUUUCCAAGCUGUUCCAGGAGUUUUACUCUGGUGCCAAGACCCCGCUGACCUUGCAUCGUCUGCUGCAUUUGAUCUGGACUCACGCGCGCCACCUGGCGGGCUACGAGCAGCAAGAUGCGCAUGAGUUCUUCAUCGCCACUCUAGACGUUCUGCACAGGCACUGCAUGAACGGCAUCGACAUCGACACAGAGAAGAAAGAAAACGGCCGGUGUAAUUGCAUCAUCGAUCAGAUAUUCACUGGGGGGCUUCAGAGCGACGUGGUCUGCACCUCUUGUUCCGGGGUGUCUACCACUAUCGACCCGUUCUGGGACAUCAGCCUCGACGUGGCGGGCCCGGGGUCCCUGCAAGCGUGUCUGGAACGCUUCACCCGCGCUGAGCAUCUCGGAUCUGCUGCCAAAAUCAAGUGCUCCAACUGCCGAGCGUACCGCGAGUCUACGAAACAAUUGACGCUCGAAACGCUCCCUAUAGUCGCCAGUUUCCAUCUGAAGCGCUUCGAGCACUCGUCGCAGAUCGAUAGGAAAAUAUCGGCGUUCGUGUCUUUCCCCGCGGAGUUGGACAUGACGCCGUUCAUGUCGUCGCACCGCAGGGCGGUCGAUGUUGGAGCAGAUAAUAACAAUGCCCCCGAAGGAAUCUUCGAGGACAAUCGCUAUUCUCUGUUUGCUGUUGUGAAUCACCUCGGCUCGUUGGAUGCUGGACACUACACGGCGUAUGUGCGUCAGAUGAAGGGAAGCUGGUUCAAGUGCGACGAUCAUAUGAUUACCCGCGCGUCGCUUCGCGAAGUUUUAGAUAGCGAAGGGUAUUUGCUCUUCUACCACAAGACUGUUCUGGAGUACGAGUGUGAAAUAUCUUAAGAUGGCUGAAUAAACUUCCUGGAAACUGUCUCAUACAAUAUUCAGUAUCGUCUAUCAGAUAUUUCGGUUUGCUUUUAAGUAGGUAGAUAUUAUAUUAAAAAAAACAUACAUUUGAAUGUGUCGAAAUGUAAGAAAAAGUCAUGUUCCCUCGUGAUAUUAGUGCGUAGAGUUUUGAAGGAUAUCUCAUCAUCUUGUCUGAGUUUUCGCGGGAUUAUUCACGAAUUUGUUAGACUUAAGCUUUAAUGUAUAAUUAUAAAUUAGAUUUUCAAUAGUAAAUGUUUCAAAUAUUUUAUGAAUAUUGACAAGAACUUGAAAUUUACAAUCCUGUUCGCUUCUUUGAACCUUAAAGUAAACCUAUGUGCUAUCGCUUCAGAAUUUUUCAUGAGAUAUAAAAUCGCAAUUUUUAUUGCAUGUAUGCCAUUGAAAGAAUUAGCAUUAAGUAUUUGAAUAGCGGGAUACUAUUUCGAAUAAAACAGUUAAAACGUAGUGGUGCGCACAGGUUUACGAUUUAAUAGUAUUUAUUUUAAAUAUUGACAUUAUGAUUUAUUAGUUCCCGCUUGGUAAUAAAUAUUAUUCGUAUUAGUAUUAGUCUUCAACAAAUUAAAAAAUCAAAUUAUAGUAAGUAAGCAAAAUAUGAGUAAUUAGGUAUCUAUAUUCAAUGCGUGUUCAUUCCUAGAAAAAGUUUAUUCAUGGACCUAGAGAAGGCGAAAUAAUGGCGUAGUUAUGAAGAUUCUUUAUUGAUUAACCAAAGUAUGAUUCUACAUAUACAUACUAUGUAACCAAGUAAGCCCAUCGCGACAACAUCGCACAUUGACUGACUUUAUUAAGUCACAAAUAUUAUAUUGUAUUUGUAAUCUAUAUAGGUUAAACGCGCAUACACAAUUCUUAUUGCCUUUGAUUUAUUCUAUAAACUAGUUGAAGCGUCAACAAUAGAAAGGUGUGGGAGCGUUAAAACCUAUGUAUUAAUUUAACUACGUAAGGCAACGCGAAUGUUUAAAAUAAAUAUUUUAAUCACAAUGGCAUACCGCUAUUUUAAUUACAGGUUGGUCCAUAUGUCUCAUUUUAUUUAAGUUAGCAGAACAAACGUUUCAAUCUACCUCGCUGUUUCUUUUGCAUUUGUCACAAGCCUAAUAAUGGAUUUAUCGAAAUUCUCGAAACUAUUUUCUGCUCGGAAUGAACUAUUAGUGAGGUUAGGAUACACUUGAGCUAAACAUAAAAUUUAUUGCAAACCCGCCAAUUUGUAGUUUAGUUUAUAAACAUUUCAUGAAAAUAGGGGCCUAAAAGAAUAAAUUAUUGACUAUAAUUAUAGUAUGAUCCGUAGACUAAAAAUUGUAACUGGCAAACUAUGAAAAUGGCAUCACUGUAAUGACAAUUUUAGCAAUGUUAGUCUGGCAUCUGGCAUUCAAAGUUCUAGGUUGAAUUGCCAGGGCGAGCAUAUAUUUCCACUUUUCCAUAGAUACUUGUGAGUGGCUCGGGUGUGUUGUGCCCGUAGAAUAUACGCCCAUGACACAAGCUCAGAACUUAAUGUAAUGUUUUCCGUUUGUCCAUACACACUUAUUCAUUCAGUAGAUCUCAAGUGUAGCCAUUUUUAAAACAAUUUAUGUGUAAAGAACAAACAAUAUUUUUAGCAAGUGGUAGGUAGAUGUUUGAUGAGUCGUUCAACUUUAUGUUCAUUAUGUUAGACAUGGUUUAUGUGCUUAUUUGAGUAUAAGUAUGAAUCAUUUUGUUUAUUUUUAGCUCACGUGUGCCGUAGGUGGGUUUAAGUAGUUCGUAACCUUAUGACUGAACUGAAAUUAGCUUAAUGUGAUAUUUAAUAUUUAUGAAUUGUAUUAAAAAUGUAGUUAGUUGUACGGUUUUACAGUUUCUGUGAGUAUUUUUGUUUUGUCGAUUUGAUGCUUUGAUUUGGUGCUGGCAAACGGUGGGAUGGUUCAUUUAUUAAUCGAUAUUUUAUUUUGUAUAAAAAUAACAAAUGAAAAAGCUUGCUAACGUAGAUUUUAUAAAGGAAGGUUAACAUUGACACAGAGCUAGAUAAUCUAUAGGGGUGUAGAACGCCAGUAAUGGGUAACAUUUGCAACAUGCUUGAGAUAGAAACAAAAGUUUGAGGCACUUUAACUGGGUUGCCAACUGGAAUAUUUUGUAACCAAUGAUAAAUUAAUUGAAUAUUUUUACAAUCUAUUAAUGAAAAAAUAAGGUUUUUUUACGUUGAGCGUUAAUAAUGAGCAUAAAUAAUGUUCUUUCUGAGGCAUUAUGCAUCCUAAUAUCCGGUGGGUUUAUGCAAAAAAUAUUAUUUAUUAUUUGAACAAAUAUUGCUUUGAAAAUGUUCUGUAAAAAAAUAUAUAUUUUAAUCACCGUUUGCUGGUUAUCACCGUGUGACAAUUUUGUUUGCAUUUAAUAAGUAAUUUCGAUCCGAGCCUAAUCAAAUAUCUGAUUAUUUAGUCCAUAUUAUUACGAUAAAAAUGUGAUAAGCUAUCGCUAUUAUGUAAUAUCAUUUUUAUUUGAGACGAUGAUUUAAAUCAUAUGAAUAGAAAAUAUUAUGUGUAUACUAUUCUCAAAAAAAAAAAAAUAGGUAUAGGACUAAAAAAAAAAAUUAAAAAAGAUACUUGAUGCAUAUUGAUUUAACAAUACAGGUGUAUUCAAAAUGUAAAUUAUUCUGUUGUUGAUGUAUUUAAAUUUCAAUGAUAAUCAUGAUAAAUAUUUUAUGUCGUGUAAAGAUAUCGAAAUACGUAUAAAAAUGUCACUUAAUAUAGGUAACUAUUGUACGCGGCGCUUGGCGAAUAUGGAUGUAUCUCCUAAAUGUUACUAAUAAUAUCUAAUUGUUCAGUGUUAUCAAAAUUAUUGUGGAAUUUGCAGAUAAACUUUUGAUUCCUCUAAGAUUCAGUAAAUACUUGUACAUUGUCUGAAUUAAGCUCGCCCCCAUAUCUGUCAUUCGUCGCAAUCAAACUAUGACAUGAUCGACGAUUUAAUUUGUCCAAAAUUAUUUCUACCAUACCUCUCAGUUUGUAUCAUUCAUACAUCGUGCGUGUAUGACUAAAGAAAUAAAAAAAUAUUAUGGUCUAUACUGUAUGUUUUUAUAUAUAUACUUACAUUCCUUAAGGAACUGGCCAAGUAUCGGCCAUCGGAAUUGAAACACACUCGUUUGUUUAACUGUAAUUAAAUAUAAAGUUGUACUUUUGGAAAGCAGCCAUUAUUAGAAUAACAAUCUUUCAUAAUUACAAAUAAGCUGCUGUAACACACUGCAGCGUAGUUUGUUCCGCCGCUUCUUCUACACAUGCGCUUUGGAAGCGGUAGUAGUUAUAAUUCGAUUUAAGUGAUGUGAUAUCAAUAAGUGAUAACUGAACUGAAGUUUAAGAUGAUAAUAUAUGCUAGACUGACUAUCAUACAGAAUAAAGGGCAGCCUGGACAGAUAUGCGACUUUCGGUUGUGGCGCUCUCUAGGAUAUUGUCGGGGUAAUUAAGAUUAUAAGCGGCUAGAAUAACAGUGUUUCAUAAAGCCUGGUACACACUGGGCCAACGAAGGUUGGCAUGUCAUUUAAUUAUUGUGUUGGCUGAAGUACAUUCAUCAUCAUCAUCAUCGCAUCUAGAUCCACACAUAUCGUAAUGAUUAAUCUUUUUACUUAGACAAAAUGACACAUUAAUGUUAAAUUUGAUUAAAAUAGGUUCAGUAGUUUCAGAUAAUCGUCCAAAUCUCCAAAAAAAAAAAAUGCUAAAAUGCAUUAUUAUGCUCCGAUAGUGCGGCAAACAAUGCGGGGAUUUUUUAAAUUAAAACAUCACUUAAUAACAUAUUUUAUAUUAGGUACAUAUUACAGACUAAAAUUUUGCUUCUAGCAUAAUAGAUCAAUUACUAUGUGUAUAAUUUAUAAAUACAAAUAAAAGCCAUUACAUGACGUUUUACAUAAACAUAUAACAUGACAACAAAAUAUAUUUUUAUUUUUACUUGUGUAAAAAAUGUUACCUAUCACAUUUCAAUCAGACUAAUAUUUCCCAAAUCUCUCCAUGAUACAACAUGGUUUUAUUCAUUCCUAUAGCAAACAUCUAAUAUAAAUUAAUUUAUAUAACCAUUUAUUUAUAUUAUUAUCAUUAAAUUUUCUCAAUACAAUAUUGCCCAAAUGGAUAAACUUAUCUUCAACUAUUAAAGGUACAUAACUACAGAGGGUAUAUAAAGAAAAUGGACUGCAACAUAACUUGGUUCAUGUACUUACCGGGUAUUUUAAGAAAAAGAAGGCUCGGCAAAUACCAACAUAUUGAACGCAGUAAAUACAACAAAGUCAUACGGAUAAAAUUUAUCUUUCAGAUUAAUUGACUAGUAUGAUUAAUUACGAAUAAUUUAAUAAAGUGUCUAAUUUGUAUGAAUCUACAGCGUUGGAAUCGCUUUCCGACGGCCUGUGAGAUUAUUGGAAGCAGUAUUUUGAUUACUAAACAAAUCACAACUGCGCAAAACAAAAUGGGGCACUGAGUUCAAAUACAUAUAAUUAACAUGACAUUGACGAAAGACUACAUUUACAAGCACUAAACGAACAAACUACCUACAAUUCGACAACCUUGUAACAAUUAAUUUAAAUAAAUGUUACAUCGAGUCAAUGUUAGUAACAGUUAGGUCCUACACUAUAAAUGACAGACAAUCCUAGUAUAAACUUUGACACUGAUUCACAUAAAAGGUUGUUUCAUAAAUGAAAAAUAUAAAUUAGCUCUAUGUAUUCAAAAUUCACUACAAAUAUUCGAGGAAAGGCAUUAAUUCGAUUAAGAAAUAAAAAAUAUUAUGUGAAGGCUAUGAUAUUUUUGACCUAGUUGGACUAGUGUUUUUUUGGGUAAAAACUAAAUUUUAAAUAAAUACAAUUUUAUUCCAAUUCAUGUUAGGAUCUGAUAGUUAAUAUGCAGCGUAGAAGUUGAUAGUAUGUAAACUGAUAUUAUUCUAGUUAUGUUACUGAAAUUCCAAUAUUCGUAAGUCAGAUGAGUGUCAUUGUGCAUACUAACAUAUUCCACUAAAUAGGAAAAUAUUUUAUAAA